AUGAAGGCGAAGGAGAAGAUUACGACCGGAGACGAGCACCUUGACCGUGCCCUUGGCGGUGGUAUACGGACAGGAAUGCUGUGGGAAGUUUGCUCAGUUCUCAUUCUCUUCUUAGCUGCGGCUGGAAAAACACAACUGGCCUUGCAGCUAUCGCUGCUGGUGCAAAUACCACCGAGGCUUGGAGGGCUUCUUGGCUCGACUUGCUAUCUGACGACGUCCUCGGUACUUCCGACAGUGCGUCUGCUCGACAUCUUGGAUGCCCACCCGUUACUGUCUCCUUCAUUAUGUGGACUCCACGACGUUCACACCAUGUCGUGCCCUACGAUACCCGUGUUAAUCCACGUUCUAUCCAGCACACUUCCCCAAUUUGUCGAUUCAAGGCUCACAGGCCAAACCUGUGAAACUCUUGGUCAUCGACGCUCUUGGUGAAUUGUUCCAUACCACAGACAAAACCACCACAAAGACGCUGGUCCAGCGCUCCAGGGAUAUUGCUGAGGUAUCCUCCUUGCUUCAUAUUCUUUCGAGCAAAUACAAGAUCGCAGUUCUUGUUCUCAACGAAGUCGUGGACGCGUUCGACCGAGAGCCAGUAGAGACAAACGACAAUAGCGUUUCGUACAAUGACGAGUCUCGCUGGUUCGGCCGUGCUGACAGCAUACCCGGGGAAGAUAGGAAAGAAGCUAGUUUGGGUCUGGUUUGGGCAAACCAAGUCAACGUUCGGAUCCAGCUCUCU